UGCCGUGCCCAUCAAAGACAAUCCUAAACGACAUCAGCAGACAACAGUUCAACACCCUCCCUCACUCAGUCACUCAUACGGAAUUCUGGGGCUCCAACUCAUCUUCAAACCUCGUUCCAGGUUCUUCUCUUUUCUCCCCCUCUUAGAUGAAUCUACUUGUUUUGAGGAUCUUUUGUUGCGAUUUUACUUUAUCAUCUUGUUGGAGAUAUAGCUUGGUUUAUGGUUCUUGCCGUUGUUACGGGAGGUAAAUCAAGGAUGCACCAACCAUGCUUAUAUCGAUGUUAGUUUUGCUUAAAGAGUACUUUUGUAAGGCUAGUCAUACAUAGAAUCUCAGCAAAUUGUCAUUUAAGAAAAAGGUGUGUUGAAUUUGGGCUUGGAAAUAUGGUUGGGCAUACGAUGGUUCAGGGUCUGACAUCAUCGACUGGUAUAACAUCUUCAUUAAUUCACAUUAGGCAUUGUUCUAGCAAUUCUUUGCCUUCUCUUCCUUCUAGAUGUCAGAAGCGGGUGGUCUUUGUCAAGGCUUCACUGUCUAACACUGAGAACAACCAAUCGCUUCCUUCACCAGACGGGAAAAGUGCACUUUCGGCUGUAUUAGAUGUCCCUCGUCGUCUUUGGAAGCAAACAUUACGUCCUCUAGGUGAUUUUGGUUUUGGUAGGAGGAGCAUUUGGGAAGGUGGGGUUGGCUUGUUUCUCAUCUCGGGUACAGUUCUUUUUGUGCUGAGUUUGGCCUGGCUGAGAGCUUUCCAGAUUCGCUCUCAAUUUAGGAAGUACUCGACUGUGUUUGAGUUUCCUAAGGCUUGUGGAAUUUGUACUGGAACACCUGUGAGGAUUAGAGGCGUGAAUGUUGGCAAUGUGGUUCGUGUGAACUCUUCUUUAAAAAGCGUGGAAGCUGUUGUUGAGGUUGAUGAUGACAAGAUCAUUAUCCCACGAAAUUCUUUAGUUGAAGUGAACCAGUCUGGUCUCCUCAUGGAAACUAUGAUCGAUAUAACGCCUAAGGACCCUAUACCAAUACCUACUCACGGGCCUCUUGAUUUAGAAUGUGACAAGGAAGGUCUUAUUGUUUGUGACAGGCAAAAGAUUAAGGGACAUCAGGGUGUGAGUUUAGAUGAACUUGUGGGAAUAUUUACCCGUAUUGGACGUGAAGUGGAAGAGAUUGGUGUUGCCAAUACCUAUUCACUGGCAGAAAGAGUUGCAGGUGUUAUUGAAGAGGCUAGACCACUAUUGUCAAAGAUUAAAGCCAUGUCUGAAGACAUUCAACCUUUAUUGUCUGAGGUCCGGGACACUGGUUUGCUAAAGGAAGUUGAAGGUUUGACUAAAAGUCUUACACAGGCAACUGACGAUUUGAGAAGGGUGCAUUCAUCUAUUAUGACCCCAGAGAACACCGAAUUGAUUCAGAAAUCAAUUUACACCUUAAUAUUUACAUUGAAGAAUAUUGAGAGUAUUAGUUCAGACAUUUUGGGGUUCACUGGUGAUGAGGCCACCAGACGGAAUUUGAAGCUGCUGAUCAAGUCAUUGAGCAGGAUGUUGUGAGGUCAAUGAGCUUCCAAAUGAAGCUGUCAACUUCUCAUCGACUAGGCAUGUGGAGAAACCUUGUGGCGUCUGUGCAACAUGAGGCAGAUAUAGAAAUGGGUUUCACCACUAAAGAUGCUCAAGUAGGCUGUGUUAAUUUUAUUUCUUAUGUAGGAAGGCAUGUCCAUUUUCGAGAAGUCUACACUGCCCAUUCUUUUCUUAUUUGUGAUUCUUUUUUUAAGUUUGCCAUCAGAGUGGAGAUCUAAUUUGGUUGUUAUUUUGUGAAGUUUCCAGAAUUUCUCUAGAACUCGUUGGCGAAACUUUGGUGAAACUUUGGGACGUGCUUGUCUUUUCUGUCAUCACAUAGAAGCUGUUUUACUUGAUCAAAUUAAAUUUCUUGAA